AUAUCAAAGCGUUAUCAAUGGAUAAACAAAUUAAUAGCCAUUUUUCAGUUGGCAUUGGUUUCAGUGAUAAUAACAAACACUUCACGUAAAUCACAACUAAAUCCAAUUGUUAACCACUUUUCUCUGGACACCGAUUAUCACACAUCCCAUCGCCUGAAGACAUGUCGUCGGCACUGAUGGUGAAAGCGCUGCAAAAGCACCGGUCGAUGAAAGUGGCCGCUCUUGUCUCAUCGAUGGCUAAGCGCACUCUGUCUGCGGGUGCGGCCAAUCCGAACCCGAACCCACACGGGUGGCAGUCGUGGCGAGACAUACCCGACUCGAUGAUACCGACCUCUAGCCGUCGCGACCCCAAUAAUCCCAUUUACGGCACCCGACGAUACGUGAACUUUCGCAAGAAGCAGAUCUGGUCACAGAUACCGGACGGCACUCCCGUGUACUUGAAGUUUGGUGCGGCUGAUAAGGUGUUGUACUACGGGCUCAUUGUGGGCACAGCGGCACUCGUGCUGACCAACGUCUACCACAUUCUCGACCUGACGUUCGGCUUCUCUAAGAAGAAGAAGGCCUAAGCGUCUGGCCGUCAGCGGCGGUGCACAGGGAAGCGCACCGACCGCUGGCCAGACGGCUAUUGCCCAUAGUUUUUAGAGUAUAACAAAAGAGUUUUAAAUUAUAUGAAUAUUAAUGCAAACAAAAAAUUGAUUGUUUCUGUCAUUUGUUUUUUAGAUUUAGAUUUAAGAGUAAAUAAAAUUGAUUGAAAUUAUAAUUGCAUUUAGUUUUCAGUAUUGUAUUUAAGGGUUAAUUAAACUUAUAAACAGUAAAAUUGUUGCCAAAAUAUA